CCUGCUCACUUACCAUGAAGUUAUCUAAGAUCAACAUUUCAUUAUGAAUGAUUUGCGUGAUAGCGUUUCCCGCAGUCUUUCAUUGUGACGCAUAAGGCUGUUGAUAUUGAGGCGUAUCUGUGCAUAACUUUGGCUCAGCUGGUUUGAUUAAGUCUUCCAUAAUGCAAAAAGUUUGCAAGUCAAACUAUUCAAUUCUCAAGAAUACCGAGGACAAGUUCGAUUAUCCUGUUGACAAGCUACCUCUUGAAUUCCGUGAGCCUUUUCUAACAUCAGGUUACCGUCGCCCACAUUUGUCGGCUAGGGAAUGUAUUCAAAGUGUCUUCAAGAAAUCCAACGAAACAAUCAAUGUUUGGUCACAUGUGAUUGCCUUUUCAGCCUUCAUUUUUCGUUCGAUCAUCAUCUUUAGGAAGCACAAUCCAUUUGAUGAUGGGUUUGUUUACCUACUCUCCUUCGCAAUAGGGGCGAGCGCUAUGCCUUUGAUGAGCUUCGGAGCGCACCUGUUUAACUCGAUGUCAAGAAAGAUUCGCCAUGUUUGCUUCUUCUUCGACUACGCAGCUAUCAGCUUGUACGCUUUUACUGCUGGUCAGGCAUUUUACUUCUACUCAAGACCCGCGAACAGUAACUGGCUGAUCUUUCGCUCCUAUUGGGUUUUCAUAGCUGUCUGUGCUGUAGUUUCCAUUUUGUCAACUUACUCCUGUUGUGCAUCUAGACACCGUUGGAUAGAUUUCAAGUUCCUAAUUCGAACUGGAACUUUCGUAGCAUCAUUCUUUAUAAACACACUGCCUUACUGGCUGCGGAUGUAUGACUGUACAUCAGAACUAGAUUGCAAUGUUGUAUCUUAUCCUAGUUUCAGACGUCACUUUCUGUUUUAUGCAAUUGCUGCCUUGGCUAACGGUACGAGGUUACCUGAACGACUCCUGCCGGGCGUUUUCGACUUCUUUGGUCAAAGCCAUCAUUUCCUGCAUAUUGUAGGUUCGAUAGGUACGAUGGAUGAAUAUACGGCCAUUUAUUUGGAUAUGUUGGGCAGGAGGAAAGCUAUGGAAAAUCUGUCAAUUAUACCAUCGAUUGCAAACUGUCUUUGCGUGACGUUGUUGGUGGUAAUUUGUAACAUAGCUGUGGUAUUUUGGUUUGCAGCGUCAGUAGACAAAACAGGGGAAAGGGAAGCCGAGAGUAAAGGCAACUGAUCCACUGAGCAAACUAUUUGGCCGACAAUAAAGACUUUGCUUGUAUCUUCCUCUGAGAUUUAGUAAGGUCAAUGUAACUUGCUUUCAAUAUGAGUUUUGAGUAUCAGUAAGUUUUAGAGGGUAAUCUUCAAUUCCAGCUUUGGUCUGAAGUUAGGGUGCUUGAUCGUAUGACUUCAAAGCCAAAAGUCGUAAUUUCUUACUUGAACUAAACGCUUUCGACUAGAGUACGCCAGAGACAAGCAUUCGUAUUUGGGAAUGAAACAAACAGUCAUUUGUCUCGAUGGAAGGGCCGCUAAGAAACUUGUGAUGUUAGUCGAACGGAGACUUAUCAGUUCAGCUUCAGUAAUUAUAAUCUGAACCUGGUUCUACGAGUCUUAAAAUGAUGAAGGGAAAGGGGGUUAGCUAAUUUUUUCUUGGCUCACUUAUUUCCGAGUUGCAAUCCAAUUUUGCUCCUCAUCAUAUCCUUUACCGACCUUUUAUGUUUGUUUUACCUUUCCUUCCUUUUGAAGUUUAUUUAACCCAUCUUCCUGACUUAAAAGCGAUAAACAACAACCAGCAAUAACAACAACAACAACAAAAACUACCGCGUCCCCAACAGGAUUAGUUGUGCAACAAACUCAAUUUACAUUUGCUGAAGUUUUCUCUGUUGUCAGGUGCAUCUAUAUUUAAUAAAAUACCUUUGUAAAUAAAUCAGGCCUCUAAGACUCUGCAUGUUUUAGGUAGCGACUGCAAAGCAUAAGAAAAUAUGUGGAGAUGAAAGGUUGUUCACGUAUAAAGAGAUAGGUUUCAUUUUCAAGGGAAACGAGCACCAUUAGAAAAGAGGGAUGAAACAGAUUAGAACUAAUAAAAUGAUGUAAACAUG